UGUAACACAUUUCAAACAUCAAACACGUGUUGAAUAUUUACAAUACAUUACAGAUAUUAACUAUACAUAUAUUGAGAGCCGAAAUGACCACAAAUCGGUCACCGAUAAAAUCAUUGGCUGCCGACAAUAAUGGCCAACAACAACAACAACAACAUCGUGGUUGGAUGAUUAGCCCGUGGUGUGACUCACGCGAGUUGGUCACUGUAUUCAACAGUGUCUACCAGAGUAGUGGUGGUGAUAGUGUUGGUGUCGACUCAUGUGAAUCGACGCCGACGGCAACGUAUCAGCUGGUGUUGGACUACGAUUUGUUAGCGUUUGCCAAAAACAAGAUCACUAUUUGGCUGACACGUGUCCGCCGAAACCCGGCUACACUCGAUAUUGCCGUCAACUUGAUGGCCACCAAAGAGAUUAUCAACGCCAUGAUUGAAGAUCAUCGUCAUCUCGGCACUGGUGGCCACCAAAAUAACAGCAACCGUACCGAUGAUGAUGAUGAGGAGGAGGAGGAAGAAACCAGCGACGAGUCGACCGUCUAUUCGCUCUAUUGUCUAUCGGUAAUACGUUUCUGUACGGCAUUAUCGCAGUACUCGCACGAGACAAACAUGAAAAGUGUAAAACGAUUGGCCGACAGAUAUUCGUGUCCGCAAUGGAUCAUCGAUUGUCGACACAAUCUCUGCCAUUCGUCAUCGUCGCAGCCGUCGAUGGAUGAACUUCGCAAUGCAUCGCGUAUUGGUCUCGAUUGGCUUCGCGAGUAUUUUUGGCUAAAAGUUAUCGAUGACAGUGUCGUCGUUGUCGCCGGUGACGAGUUUUACGAUUAUCGCAAUGAAUAUUAUUAUCUGAUCCAAGAGUUUCUCAAUAAGGAGACGACGACAGCGACGAAACAGUCGAAGAACAAGUCGACAAUCAAAAAGCAAAUCAUUGAUGGUAUUAAAAGACAUAGAAAUGAAUUGAUUGACGCCUUUGUAAGCCAUCUGAUUUGCGGUGAUAUUGUUGCCGCCGCUGAUAACAAUGAUGACGACAACAUCAAUGGUCAGCAGCUAUAUCUUUGUGGCAAAAAAAUCAAUUUCGAUACACUUCGUGUACCGAAACUAUAUUUAAGACGUUUUUCGAGUCUAUUUGCAAUUGUUACCGAAAACAGCGGUUGUCUAUCGCUGCUAUUGAAUCUAUUGGUCAACCGAUUUAUCAACGAUAACAGUGACGCCGUCGAUCAGUCAUCAUCGGUAACAACAACAUCGCCAGCUAAACAACAUUUGGCAAUGUGUUGGUUUGUAACACUACUCAAGACUAUAGGCGCUACCGACAAGAGUACAAAGUUUCGUCGACUUUUCCAAUCGGUAACCUAUCAGCGAGUGAUGUCUCGAAUCGAUUGGAUCAGACUAUUGUAUAGGAUUUGCAAACGACCGACCCGUCAGACGCCGGAAAUUAUCGAUCUGUUGACACCAAUUGUAUCGGAUGUCAUACCUGAAGAAAAAUUAUCGAAACUCAAGACAUUAGCUCAGCUGUUCACUGACCAGUCAACCACUGAUAUAGACAACAACAACGACAGUGUUGGCGUCGUCGGUAACAAACAGCAGUUUACCGCCCGAUCUGUUAAAGACUUAACAAUGAUUUCUCCGGUGAUAAACAACAGUAAUACUAAUGAUAAUAAUAAUCAAGAGAUCAAUGACUUGCAAAGCGAUGACUAUAUUGAUUGGUGGCAAAUCUAUUUGGGCUCAACAAUACAACAAUUGUCAUUGAAUUAA